GCCUCUCCAGUAUGGCGGCGCCCAGCGGAGCGGCGAGCUGCAAGGACUUCGCCGAGUUCCAGGAGUUGCUCAGGGUGAUGAGGACGAUCGAUGACAGAAUCGUCCACAAGUUAAACACUACGAUUCCAACAGCUUCCUUUGUGGGGAAAAUUGAUGCCAGCCAGACGUGUAAAGAGCUGUACCAUUCUCUGAUGGAUGCUCACACCAGCAGAGAGAGAAUCAUCAAAAACUGUAUCGCUCAGACUUCCAGUGUAGUGAAAACUCUCAGAGAAGAGAGGGAAAAGGCCCAGGAUGACUUAGCAUUAUUAAAGCAACUCAGGAAAGAGCAGACAAAGUUGAAACUGAUGCAGUCGGAGCUGAAUGUUGAAGAAGUGGUAAACGACAGAAGCUGGAAGGUAUUUAAUGAGCGUUGCCGAAUUCACUACAAGCCUCCGAAGAGUCAAUGAUGCGGGGUAUCUUCCAUCAAGGUGGUCCAUAACCAUGAGAGCCAAACUGGAAAGAGACCUUGGGUGAGCUGCAUUGGGACCCUCCAGAACCAGUAGAACCCAGUCUUGUUUUGUUUUGGACCUACUUAGCUGAAAUCUCAAGGUUGAAAUGAUUCUCCUGUAAUUAAGAGAAAACAAUUCAUCUUUUGUACAAAAUAUGUGAACAAAUGAGUUUUAUAGUAUUAAAAUA